UUGAACUCACCUUUCUUGAAGAGGCUGACCAGCGCUGUAGGCAGAAUUCCAGUGCUGAGAAGUGGAUCCACCGUUGGGCUGUCAUUUCCUGGCACUGGUGGUCUUCCCCACUAUUCAGGAAUGGAGAAGCUGGUUGCUUGUCCAUACAAAAGGCCAAAUGCUCUCUGUAGGCUGAUUUGCUUUCCGUGGGCUGGAGGUGGAACUUCUCAACUUGCUCAAUGGGGCAAACUCUUCAGCAGCUCAGUUGAAGUGUCCUCUGUAAGGCUUCCUGGAAGAGAAUCUCGUCUUAAGGAGCCUUUUGCAAAAGACAUGACAACUGUAGUUAAUGAAAUUACAAGUGUUUUGUUAAAAGAAUUGCAAGAAAAACCAUUUGCAUUUUUUGGUCACAGUUUUGGAUCUUAUAUUAGUUUUGCAGUUGCGCUACACUUGAAAGAAAAGUAUGGACUAGAGCCAAUCCAUCUUUUUGUAUCAGGGGCACAUGCCCCAAAUUCUGAAGCAUUUCUUCCCAUCAAAAGCAUACCCAUAUGUGAUGCAGAAGAUGAAGACGUUCUUACAUACAUACAAAUUUUAGGAGGAACUCCUCCUGAGUUUCUGCAAAAUGAAGACAUUAAGAAACAUCUGAUACGUACUUUCAGAGAAGACCUUAGAGUUCUUCAGACAUUUUCUUUUGAUAAGGCAGAAAGGAACAUCCCCUUCUCUUGUGAUAUUACCUGCUUUAAUGGGUCUGAAGAUAAACCACAUGAUUUAGAAGCCUGGCACAAUCUAACAAGCGGAGAUAUUUCCUUUUACAAGCUGCCUGGAGGUCAUUUUUAUCUGCUGGAACCCUCUAAUGAAAUUUUCUUGACAAAACACAUAACAAGAUGUAUAGAAAAUGCUGGUCCAUAAGUAUUUCCCUCUAUUUUAAUGGCUGUAGGUGUAAGAAGAUGUAAGAUUAGUCCACAGCACUUCAUAAUAAGUCAUUCUUUCUGUACAAUUGCAUGCAGUUACGCCUAAGCGUU